AGACAACAUGGCGGGGCACUGGUCGAGGCCAAGCAGUGCAGAGGAGGAGAAGAAGGAGGAAGAAGAAGAGGAGGAUCUGUUCUACGAUGGCCAUCAGAACUUCGCACAGGAGCUGGCCGUCAUUGUGGACCAAGAAGCCACGGCCGUCUCCCCUUCAGACCGGCUCAUGAACAUAAUCACCAUUGGACUGCAGCACGAACAUGAGUACGAAACGGAACCCCAGACCAGCGCCCCCGAGCCAGCCAUGUAUGAGACCGCCCAUGUCACCUCCCACAAGGACAAGUGUCGUGCCGCAGCCUUCUCCAUGGACGGGAGUUUAGUGGCCACGGGGAGUGUGGACGCCUCUAUAAAGUACAUCCUGUCGUCGGGUCUGGACAGCAUUGUCAAGUUGUGGGAGCUGUCAACAGGCCGAUGCCUCAUUGCCUACACUGGUGCCGGCUCAGUGGGCCGGCAGGAGCACAGCGCACACGCCAUGUUCAACCACACCGAAGACUUUGUCAUGUUCCCGGACGAGGCCACCACCUCCCUCUGUGCCUGGGACGCUCGCAACCUGCUGUCCCUCGGUCACAAUGGCCCUGUGCGACACAUGGUCCACUCACCCUGCUCGCCGGCCUUCAUCACCUGCUCAGAUGACUACCGGGCAAGGUUCUGGUACCGCAGGAAUGUCCACUGAAACCCUUCAACAAGACUUUGCUGAGGGUCAAGGGAAGGGCCUUUUAUCCAAUUUUUGUUUUAUAACAAUACAGUUGGGUGUUUCAGUUUGUACGCACCUUGUAAUUAGUACUCAUGCCAAGAAUAAAGGUACCUUGGAAAAGUAAGCAGAAUUAAAAAUAGGAAUGAUUGUCAAAGUGAAGAAUGAUUAUCAAUCUGUAUUUUGACAGCAUUAGAUACUCAAUCUUUCUUAUGCUUGUCUAGUGAAAAAUAAUAAUAAUAAGAAGAGAGAGAAUGUUAUGAGCUAUGAUUAAGUAUCUGGAGGUGUGAGAACUUCAAUUCUUUCUUUAAUUCCUACUAGAUAUAUUAUUAAGUCCGUCUUAGAAAAUUAAGUAAGAAGUCAAGAUAAAAGAUACAGGUAAGGAUGAGAGAGCCAUAUCCUCCACAGGAAUAAGUCAAAAUAUAUUAGUUCCCCCAUGUUUAAAAAGAGAGAGAGAGAGAGAGUGUGUGUGUGUGUGUGUGUGUGUGUGUGUGUGAGAGAGAGAGAGAGAGAGAGAGAUUUACAUAGAAAAUCAGACCACACAGACCCCAUGGUCCAGACUAGGUGGUCUGUCCUUAAACUUAAAUGAUUCUACAUUAAUCAGAAGGCUCCAAAACGAAGAGUAACAUUGAAUUGAAUUGAAUUGAAAUAUUUAUUGUUGUAAAAUACAACAAAGGGGAAUGGCUGGGCUUGCAGACAAAGCCCUGACUAUAUAGGCUAGUUGCAAAAAAUAAAAAUCUCCAUUGUACAAAAAUAAAACAUGUUGAGGUUAGUUAAAAGAAAUUAGAAUGUAAAUACUGAUAAUAUUCCUGAGGAGGUACACAUGCAAUUACCACCAUGCACAUGAGUCUAAACACUAUCACCAGUAAACAUAAUUGCAUCAGUAGAAUCAAAAAGCGCCUCCCAUCUAAUACCAUUUUGAGGUCUGAUGGCUACCAAGUUCUUUACAUCUAGCAUUGAAAUCACCCAUGAGUACAGUCUGUUCUUCCAAAAUACGGUCAGGGAGAUGUUGAACAUGGAAAUCACCUGAGUGAAUAUAUGAAUUUGCAAAGAAAAUUUGAUCAUUAGGGGUGUGCAAAGUAACAAUGACAAUUUCAACACCUUGACGAGAACUCUUUUCCCCACAUACGUUUUACAAGGCCUACAUAGGGGUCAUGGGCCUUUCCUAGUGUAGUUUUAUUUUAUUUCUGACAUAAACGUGAAAAAACACUUAUUAGGCGCAUUUGACAUCGUUUUUUGUCCUGUAGACAUAACUGAUGUGAGAAUCGGAGGCGUUUUUCAAGAAUGCCGACCCAGAGAUUAUGAAAAAAGGCAAAAUUGUGCCCGAUCAGGUAUUUUUGGCCAAAGUGAAUUGAUUUAGGCCAAACGCUUGACAAAAAGCCAAAAUUGAGGUUUCAUUUAGCCUCAAAAAGGUCAACUCGGUGGGUGGUUCUUUAGAAUAUUCGUGUAUUUUAAAUGUCCUUUAGCUUUACGGUUAUGAGCUAUAUUAUUGUAUUUUUAUAGUCAUUAAUUUAUAGUUCGUCCGUGCGUAAGAUCAUUAAUACGCUUGGGGGAGGCACUAUGGUAAAUUUGGCGGGGUCAGCGCGUCGGUUCUUUCCUGGAAUAUUCGUGUAUUUAAAAUGUCCUUCAGCUUUACGGUAAUGAGCUAUAUUAUUGUGUUUUUAUAGUCAUUAAUACAUAGUUCGUCCCUGCGUAAGAUCAUUAAUACGCUUGGGGGAGGCACUAUGGUAAAUUUGGCGGGGUCAGACCGUCGGUUCUUUCCUGGAAUAUUCGUGUAUUUAAAAUGUCCUUCAGCUUUACGAUUAUGAGCUAUAUUAUUGUGUUUUUAUAGUCAUUAAUACAUAGUUCGUCCCUGCGUAAGAUCAUUAAUACACUUGGGGGAGGCACUAUGGUAAAUUUGGCGGGGUCAGCGCGUCGGUUCUUUCCUGGAAUAUUCGUGUAUUUAAAAUGUCCUUCAGCUUUACGGUUAUGAGCUAUAUUAUUGUGUUUUUAUAGUCAUUAAUUCAUAGUUCGUCCGUGCGUAAGAUCAUUAAUACGCUUGGGGGAGGCACUAUGGUAAAUUUGGCGGGGUCAGCGCGUUGGUUCUUCUCUGAAAUAUUCGUGUAUUUAAAAUGUCCUUCAGCUUUACGGUAAUGAGCUCUAUUAUUGUAUUUUUAUAGUCAUUAAUUCAUAGUUCGUCCGUGCGUAAGACCAUUAAUACGCUUGGGGGAGGCACUAUGGUAAAUUUGGCGGGGUCAGCGCGUCGGUUCUUUCCUGGAAUAUUCGUGUAUUUAAAAUGUCCUUCAGCUUUACGGUUAUGAGCUAUAUUAUUGUGUUUUUAUAGUCAUUAAUUCAUAGUUCGUCCCUGCGUAAGAUCAUUAAUACGCUUGGGGGAGGCACUAUGGUAAAUUUGGCGGGGUCAGCGCGUCGGUUCUUUCCUGGAAUAUUCGUGUAUUUAAAAUGUCCUUCAGCUUUACGGUAAUGAGCUCUAUUAUUGUAUUUUUAUAGUCAUUAAUUCAUAGUUCGUCCCUGCGUAAGACCAUUAAUAAGCGUGUUUGAGAUACUAAGCUUGGCGGGGAAGCGAGCCUUGGCGCCAUUCCCGGGCCGACCUCCAUUCCGAGCAGACGCACGGCAAGACGCUCCUCACGAUGGCGCCAAAUAUUCACGAUUAUAACGCCGCAGCCCGGUUAUUCGGCAAUAGCACUACUUAAUUAAGUUGCCCUGACACAACAUGUAAGGGGCAGAAACAGAAGGUUACAGCACCCAAUACCUACCACAACAUGCUACUGCACACAAUACUAGCACAGCCAUACCAAGAAAACAAGGUGGACAUUUUAGAACUAUUGUUAUGUAAAGAAGCAAUAAGACUGUGAAGUCAAGAAAGACCUGAUCAGAAGAAUGGGGAAGAAGAAGAAAAGAAAACUGACCUCUUUUACAAUACACAGGUUACUGGACCCCUCCCUUUUACACAGACUACUACUACUACUGCUACUACUACUACUACUACUACUACUACUACUACUACUACUACCAUAUUGCAGCUUUAAUCAAGAAACUUGAAACAUGCAUAAACAGAAGGAAGGAAAUUAAAUAUAUGCAAGAAUUUUGGAAGAAUCGCUUAAAAUCUGAGAAGAGACGGCAGCACUCAACCAGGCACAAGAAAAUCAAGAAGUGGAGGCUCCGAACUGCACUGAACUGAACUGUAAACUUUAUCAGAAGGGAGGAUAUUAAAUAUACUCAAGAAUUUUAGAAGAAUCGCUUAAAAAUCAGAGAAGAGAAGGCAGCACAACCAAGCACAAGAAGACCAUUUAGAGGGGCAAAGGCAACCCUCCGAACAGAACUGGAAACAAACAGAAGGGAGGAAAUUAAAUAUACUCAAGACUUUUAGAAGAAUCGCUUAAAAAUCAGAGAAGAGAAGGCAGCACAACCAAGCACAAGAAGACCAUUUAGAGGGGCAAAGGCAACCCUCCGAACAGAACUGGAAACAAACAGAAGGGAGGAAAUUAAAUAUACUCAAGACUUUUGGAAGAAUCGCUUAAAAUUCAGCCAGGCACAAGAAGACCAUUUAGAGGGUCCGCUGCAAAGGCACUCCCUCCGAACUACACUGCACUGAACUGACCUGGUUACGGCGCCUGUGCAAGUGA